GAGAAAUUAACAUAAAUAGUUGUCCGGCAAAAUAUAUUAUAUUCCGGCAAAAUAUAUAUAUAUCAAAUAAUAUAUAUAUAUAUAUAUAUUUGACUAGCGAAUACAAUUAUGCUUACUUGGCUGGCCAAAUGUAUAAUUAACUUGCCUUUAAUUCCAACAUUUUAAUCUAUUUAAAUUUAAUUUAACUCAUUUAUCUGACACUCCUAAGGAAGAUAGUAAUUUGUGGGUCAAGUGUAGGAUAACGUAGGUCUAAUGAAUGGCUGCAAAAUGGAAACCAUGCACCUCUUUAAUAUCUGUAUAUUAAUUACACUUCCCAAAUUAAUCCUAUAUACUUACUCAUCUUAUUAUAUAAAUAAUUUGGUCAGCUUUCUUAUUUUCUUGAACCUUCACUCCCUCCUAGCAAAAGCAAUAUCUGCAAAACAUCCCUAGUAUCAAGUAUGGCGGAAGAUGAUAAUAAAUUUGUGAAAGAUGGAACGGUGGACUACAAAAAUAAUCCAGCAAUCAAGAACCAAACUGGAACUUGGAGAGCUUGCCCCUACAUCCUUGGAAAUGAAUGUUGUGAGAGGCUGGCAUAUUAUGGGAUAAACACAAAUUUAGUGAAUUAUCUGAAAAAUCAGAUGAAUGAGAGUAGUGUUGUGGCAGUUAAUAAUGUUACAAAUUGGUCAGGGACAUGUUAUGUUACACCAUUGCUAGGUGCAUUUCUAGCUGAUGCUUAUUUGGGAAGAUUUUGGACUAUUGCUGUGUUCUCAAUCAUCUAUGUCUUUGGGAUGACAGUACUAACAUUAUCAGCAUCAAUACAUGGAUUAAAACCACCUUGUGAUGACAACAAUUCAUGUGAGCCUAAAGGAUUACAGAUUGGAAUAUUUUACUUAGGUCUUUACCUAAUAGCACUUGGUACUGGUGGAAUAAAACCUUGUGUUUCAUCAUUUGGUGCUGAUCAAUUUGAUGAUUCUGAUGAAACAGAGAAGAAAAAAAAGAGUUCUUUCUUUAAUUGGUUUUAUUUUUCUAUCAACAUUGGCGCGCUCGUUGCGUCGACUGUUCUUGUUUGGAUACAAACAAAUGUUGGAUGGAGUUGGGGGUUUGGUAUUCCUGCUGUUGCUAUGGCUAUUGCUGUUGUAAGUUUUUUUUCAGGAACAAAACUUUAUAGGAAUCAAAAACCUGGUGGAAGUCCACUUACAAGGAUAUUUCAAGUUGUGGUUGCAUCUUUUAGGAAAAUUAAAGUUAAGGAUACUUCUGUUUUGUUUGAAACUAGUGAUGAAGAAUCUCUUGUACAAGGUAGCAGGAAACUUGAUCAUACUCAACAAUUGAGUUUCUUUGAUAAGGCAGCAGUGGAGACAGAAUCAGAUAAAAUCAAAGGGUCAAUUAAUGGAUGGAGCCUUUGCACUGUGACACAAGUAGAAGAAUUGAAAUCAAUCCUAAGGCUAUUGCCUAUAUGGGCAACUGGUAUAAUCUUUAGUAGUGUGUAUAGCCAAAUGGGAACCUUAUUUGUUCUCCAGGGCAACACAAUGGAUCUUCACAUGACCAAAUCCUUUGAAAUCCCUUCAGCUUCCCUAUCCCUUUUCGACACGAUUAGUGUCAUCUUUUGGGUACCUAUCUAUGACCGUGUGAUUGUUCCGUUAGCCAGAAGAAUCACAGGUCAUAGGAACGGUUUCACUCAGCUACAAAGGAUAGCAAUUGGACUCAUAAUCUCAAUUUUCGCCAUGUUGAUUGCUGGAACAUUGGAAAUGGUUAGACUGGAAAGUGUAAAACAACAUAAUUACUACGAAAAGAAGCAUAUACCUAUGUCGAUUUUUUGGCAAGUUCCUCAAUAUUUUGUUAUAGGUUGUGCUGAAGUUUUUACAUUCAUUGGACAAUUGGAGUUCUUCUAUGAACAAGCCCCUGAUGCUAUGAGAAGUUUAUGUUCAGCUCUGUCACUUAUAACGACCGCGCUCGGGAACUAUCUGAGUACAUUUUUGGUGAAUGUUGUGACUGAUAUGAGUACUAGACAUGGUGGUGCUGGUUGGAUUCCUGAUAAUUUGAACUAUGGUCAUCUACAUUACUUUUUCUGGCUUUUGGCUGUGCUAAGUGUGAUCAAUUUUGGAUUUUUUCUCUUUGUUGCUAAAUUUUAUACUUAUAAGAAGGCAAUAAUAGGUCCAUCCUCGUAAUAAUUGCAAUCUGUAACAAUGUUUCUCUAGUACAACAUCCUUAUAAUUGUUGUUCAAGAUUCUUGAAAUGAGCAUUAAGGUUGGUUUUUUGGGUCUAAUUUUUAGUAUUGCAUGGCAUCAUACUUGCUCGCUCCGUUUCAUUUUAACUGUCGUUUUUAGCUAUUUUCAUGUCCGUUAAUUAAGAAAAAAAAUAAAUGGUAUUCCCUCCGUCCUAUUUUACAUGUCACCUUUCGAAUUUCAAGAUUCAAACAAGUUUAUCUUUAGA